AUGGAUGAGCUCCAUUGUCAUUUUACUAAGUCAUUGCACAAGGUGAUGGAAAGUUCAUACUUUAGCGAUCUUGUAAUAAAAUGCAUCCAAGAUGCUCAUGCCAAUGAGAUCAAGAAGCUUUGUGGAGUUGAACUAGGAACUGUUGGUGCGAGUUCUGAAAGCUUUAUUGCAGGUGGUUCUAGCACCCAUACAAAUGUAAUGAAGUGGAGUGUCCAGCAAGUCACACCAGAUUCUAUUGCAUGGGCUGCAGUUAUUGUGAUAUUUCUACUGUUACUUGACACCAAAUUCUCAAGCACAGACAUUGGCAAGAGAUUAACUUUAAACUACAAGGAGUUAUUUUUUACCUAUAAGAAAGUUCUAGUGUCAAAAUGGAACAUGAAACACAUUGUAUAA